AGCGCCAGUCGAUCGAACCGCUUAGUGCCACGCCGUGUUUCAGAGCGCCCAGGCCACGAGCCCCUUCGAGAGCACCCCCGAGUACAUAAACUGAAAGCGUUUUUCCGAAAUAUUUUGAAAAUCUCUUGUGAACAAUUUUGACCAAGCAAGCUGAGCCACAAGACAGUGUACGUGAGUGAACCAACCAAGGAGUUGAGACCCAGUCGAAGCCAAGUUGAAGGCCCUUUGCAUCCAUCCACCGUCCGUCUUUGUGCUCUUUCCCACCCUCUAGCCGCGACACCAGGAAGGAGUAGCAGCAGCAGCAGCAACAGCAGCAUCCGUCAUCAUGCAGGUUUUCGAUAACAAUAUGCGCCGUGCCUCGCGACGUGCAUCAUUACGGCGUGGAUCGAUCUCUGCCCUGCCCCAGAAAUCGGCGGAGAUACCCUGGGACAUAUUCGAGCGGAUGGCUAUGCCGUUCCUCUUCUGCCAGGCGGCGGCCAUCGUCAGCUCCCAUCUGCUGCACGCCCUCAACAUAUCCAGCAUCUCCACCUUCGCCGUCUUCGUGUGGUUCGCCCUGGCCACCGUGGGAGCAGUGCUCUUCUACCACUUUGUCAAGGUGUCGGCUUCGGGCAAGGGCGUCCUAAUCACCGGCUGCGAGGCACCGCUGGCCUGGUACCUGGCCAAGAAACUGGACGAUCUGGGCUUCACCAUUUACGCUGGCUUCAACACCCCCAUCGAGGAGUCGGACGAGGCUGGCAUCCUCAAGGAGGAGACCUCCGGCCGCAUGAAGCUGCUGCACUUGGAUGUUACGUCGGAGAAGACCCUUUUGGAGGCUGCCCGCUUUGUGUCCCAGCACCUGCCGCACGGCGCCCAAGGACUGUGGGCUGUGGUCCACUGCGCCCACUGGAUAGCUUUGGGAGAGCUUGAAUGGAUUCCAUUCGCGGUGCUGCGCAAAAGCUUGGAUCUCAAUCUACUCGGAGCCGCUCGCCUCACUCAAAUCUUUCUGCCGCUGGUCCGUCGCGCCCAUGGACGCGUGGUGUUCCUCACCUCUGGCCUGAACCGCGUACCCUCGCCGGUGCGUGGCAUCCAGUGCGCCACCCAGGCUGCCGUCGACUGCUUUGCCGCCUGCCUGCGCCAGGAGAUGCGCACCCGAGGCGUGGAUGUGUCCGUGGUGGCGGCGGGCGAGUUCUCUCCCGGCAACGGCUGGCUGAACGAGACGGAGCUCCGUGACCAGGCCAAGCAAAUGUGGAACCAGCUAUCGUCGGAGCAGAAGAAGACCUACGGCGAGGAUUACUACGAGGCGGCCAUGACGUCGGUGGAGAAAUACUCCCGCCAGGCCGCUGAUAUCCAGCCCACGCUGCGUGUCCUCAUCGACGCUGUGACCAGGACCUUCCCCAUGGCCCGCUACACGCCCGUGACGGCCACCGAAAAGUUGCAGAUCUUCCUGGCCGAGCAUCUCGCCCCCUCCCUGUACGAGUCGAUAUACGGCGAGCAGAAGAAGUUCGUCUACUGAUCCGACCACAACCCACCCAACCCACUCCCCCUGCCAGACUCUGGAACAGCCGCCCUUUGGAAUAUUAUUGAUUGCUUAUCCCCCUGAUGCACCCCCCAUUAUUGUGGCCCCCGCUGGCUCCUUUAGCAUAGGGCAUUUAUAAGAAAACUGUCGAAGGAGCGCUGACAGUCGUCAAUGAGCAUUUAGCUAUGUUUUUCUCCUGAUUAUUUCGAUUCAAAUUAAUCUCAAUUUACCCGAGUGUCUGCAUAAUGUUAUCCAUAAUCCUUAGUUGCUAGAACGAAUUGUGAAACGAUGAAUAAAAAAUUAAAAA